AUGUCUUGGCUUUGGAGUACAUCACCUAUUGACGAACUCGUUGACAAAGCUACAUCAGAGAACUUGCCUGUUGGAGCUGAGGACUUGGCUUUGAAUCUAGAGAUUUGUGACCAGAUUCGGUCCAAGCAGGUGUCUCCAAAAGAUGCCAUUAAAGCACUGAAAAGGCGUCUCAACCAUAAGAAUCCGAAUGUGCAACUCCUUGCAUUGGAGCUCACCGAUGUUUGUGUGAAGAAUGGAGGACAACACUUCUUAGUUGAGGUUGCUUCGCACGAGUUUAUGGAUAAUUUGACUUCGAUUUUAAAGGCACCGUCUGCGUGCAAUCUGGAUGUGAAGGCCAAGAUUUUGGGUUUGAUACAAACAUGGGGGUUGUUAUUCAGAGGAAAACAAGGACUUGGCUAUGUUUGCGAUACCUAUAUGAUUCUUCAGCAUGAGGGCUUUCAAUUCCCUCCUAAGGACAACGUUGGCGCAGCUCUUGUUGAAUCAGAAUCGCCACCAGACUGGACAGAUUCAGACGUAUGCAUACGUUGUCGUAUCGCUUUUACCACAUUCAACCGUAAGCAUCACUGUCGAGCUUGCGGCUCCACUUUCUGUGGACAAUGUUCCAGUAAGACAAUGGCAUUGCCAAACUUCGGUGUAACUCAGGAAGUCCGUGUGUGUGAUGGGUGCUUUAUGAAGAAGAAACUUGGUAACAAGAGUGUUGUUGCCCUAGAAAGCCAUGGCUUGGGUGGCGGACUUGAUCUUAUCAGCAAGCCUUCGCCUGUUACAACUCAUUCCAACACAAACAAAAACCCUUCAACGACAACAGCAUCCACAUCAAACAACAAUAAUUCUAGAUCUGCAGAAGAAGAUGAUGUGGACCUAUUGAAGGCUAUCGAGUUGUCGUUGAAGGAGGCCAACAAUCAACCUGGAUACUCAGCUCCUAAGAAAGCAUAUACGGAACCUGUCAAGAAGGCCCCUGUUCCUACAUCAGAAGAGGAGGAAGAUGCGGAUUUGUUGGCUGCUAUUGAGGCUUCUUUACGAGAGACUAGCAUUCAUUCACCAUCUUCUACUUCCGCUCAUCGUUCCAACCAACGACAGUCAUCUUACUCAUCAUACAACUAUACUAAGAAGUCUGCUGUUACAACGGCGCCUUUACAUGAGUUGAGCGAUACCGAAAAAUCCAACAUCGAGAUGUUUUCUGUAUUAGUUGAUCGCAUUCAGAUGAUGCAGGGCGAUGUCAGUGGUAAUCGAGAAAUUCAGGCUCUUUACGAACAAAUCUCGAAACUGCAGACCAAGGUUGUGCUGAGCCUUGAAGAGGCUGCCCGAAAACAACAGGAAUUUGUCACAUUUAACGAAAAGAUUGACCACGCAGUCAGGAUUUACGACCAUUUACUGCAAGAGCGUCUCAACUCGUCAUAUCAACGCCGCAUGAACAUGAAUAAUGCUGGACAUUCUGGAGGGGGAUAUUACAGCACUGGAUUAACCACACCGCAGACACCUCAGGUUAGCCAUGCAUAUCCACAGAUUACAGCAGAGUCAAGAUAUGCACAGUAUGUGCCUGGCAUAUCCGGAGUGCAUAGCAGCAAUGCGCUAGCGCCACACACACCUCAGAUCUCUUAUCAGACUCCAUUCCAACAGCAACAACAGCUACCAUCCCAGUCUCAGCCUCAGCCUCAACAACAAACACCUUAUCAAUAUCAACAACCCUCUACCUCUGUACCAUACAGCGUUACACCGAGUGGUGUCCUAGAUCAACAGCCAGUUCAGCAGCAGCAGUAUGGACUAACAGGUCAAACAUCGACAUUACAAAACUACCAAACUGUUCCACAGCAGCAACAGCAACAACAGCUUCCACAGCCCCAACAACAGAGUUACUUGCCCCAACAGCAACUGAAUGGUACAAUCCCAUCUGUUUCUUCGCCCGCAUUAGUCAAUGGUCAGCAACCAAUUCUUAACACGUAUCAAUCUGUCGGACAACAGUCUAUUCAGUCUCCUCCAGCUCAACCGGUGCAGCCAAUAUCAGGUCCUACUGUUCAGCAGCAACAGGAGUCAAUUGCACCCUAUAUUCCCCAACAACAGCAACAACAGCCGCAACAGCAGCAGCAGCAGCAGCAUCAAGGAGCAAUCCCACAACAGAUUUCGGGCGGAUAUCAACAAUAUGUGCCACAGCCACAACCACAGUCACAGCAAUUAAACCAACACCAACCGGUCUAUGCUAGUGCUACCCCAUCCCAGCCCAAGGUAGAAGAAGCCCCACUGAUCGAACUCUAG